CCGCCACGGUGCUGGGGGUGCCCCUGCUCCUCGGGGCGAGGUACCUCAUGGCUGAGCCACAGGAGAGGAGGCGGAUGCGGCUCAUGGUGGACGGCAUUGGGCGCUUCAGCAGGGUUUCCCAGUCUCCACAGCCUAGAGAUUGAUGAGGGCAGAGCCUGGGGUUGGCUCUCCUGUGGCUUUCCACCAUGAGGGACCGCACAGGACCAGUGGGGACUGUCCCCAAGCAGCCUGGUUCUGAAGAUCACACUGAGCAGCUUGCUUUCAGAGGCUGAGCUAGAGCUAUUUUCCCAACAAUCUGUGCGGUCUCGUCAGCUCUCAGCCCUAACAGUUGCCAGGACAGGCAGGCCUGAUGGAGCACCCCUGGCUGGGCGCAGGGUGACCACGGGGCCUCUGGAGACCUCGGGGCCCACAGCGCGUCCUGGGUAACAGGGCAACGUACGUGCAGGAGCCCAAGGAAGGAGCGUGGGUGUACACGUGGGUCACCCCCAAGCUUUGGUGUCCAGAGUUUCAUCUCAUAGCCCUGAUUGAUUGAAGACCCUGAACUCUAAUCCCGUGGUUGUCCUUUCUGGCUGGCAGAGCCCCUCCCUGGUGUGAACCGUCAAGGCUGUUAUGCGGCUCCGAUGCUGCCGUCACUCAGGAAAUCUCAUGGGUUUAGAGGCACCUCCCAGGAGCUGGGUCUUUGAGGGUCGGCCUGCAGAUCUCCCUGGACUACUGGUGGUGCACAAAUGUCGUCCUGCGAGGGGUGGAGGAGGUUUGUUCCUGCGUCCUGGCCUGGCUGGUCCUGGCCUGCGGCCUGCGGGGAUGGGGGUGCCCAGGUGGAGGUGCCCGCCCGCCCCCAUCCCUUCCCUCUAUACCUGUGGUCAGAACAGCCCGGGGUACUUGGAGGUGAUGUCUGCAUGUCACCAGCGGGCGGCUGACGCCCUGGUGGCUGGGGCCAUCAGCAACGGGGGCCUCUACGUGAAGCUGGGCCAGGGGCUGUGCUCCUUCAACCACCUGCUGCCCCCCGAGUACAUCAAGACACUGCGGGUGCUGGAGGACAGGGCUCUCACGCGGGGCUUCCGGGAGGUGGAUGAGCUGUUCCUCGAAGACUUCCGGGCCCCGCCCCACGAGCUCUUCCAGGAGUUUGACUACCAGCCCAUCGCAGCAGCGAGCCUGGCCCAGGUGCACCGCGCCAGGCUGCACGACGGCACCGUGGUGGCCGUGAAGGUGCAGUACAUCGACCUGCGGGACCGCUUCGACGGCGACAUCCACACCCUGGAGCUCCUGCUGCGGCUCGUUGAGCUCAUGCACCCCAGCUUCGGCUUCAGCUGGGUCCUCCAGGACCUGAAGGGGACCCUGGCCCAGGAGCUGGACUUUGAGAACGAGGGCCGCAAUGCCGAGCGCUGUGCACGGGAGCUGCAGCACUUCCGCUAUGUCGUGGUGCCACGCGUGCACUGGGACGUGUCCGGCAAGCGCGUGCUGACGGCGGAGUUCUGUGAGGGCUGCAAGGUCAACGACGUGGAGGCCAUCAAGACCAUGGGGCUGGCAGUGCGGGACGUCGCGGAGAAACUGAUCCAGACCUUUGCCGAGCAGAUAUUUUACACAGGCUUCGUCCACUCCGACCCCCACCCUGGCAAUGUCCUGGUGCGGAAAGGCCCCGAUGGGAAGGGACAGCUGGUGCUGCUGGACCACGGGCUGUACCAGUUCCUGGAUGAGAAGGAUCGGUCAGCCCUGUGCCAGCUGUGGCGAGCCGUCAUUCUGAGGGACGAGGCUGCCAUGAAGGCGCACGCGGCUGAGCUCGGGGUGCAAGACUACUUCCUGUUCUCCGAGGUGCUCAUGCAGCGGCCUGUGCGCCUGGGGCAGCUGUGGCGCUCACACCUGCUGAGCCGUGAGGAGGCGGCCUACAUGCAGGACAUGGCGCGGGAGCACUUCGAGGAGGUCAUGGCCGUGCUCAAGGCCCUGCCGCGGUCCAUGCUGCUCGUGCUGCGCAACCUCAACACCGUGCGCGCCAUCAACACCGCCCUGGGCGCCCCAGUGGACCGCUACUUCCUCAUGGCCAAGAGCGCAGUCCGGGCCUGGAGCCGCCUGGCGGGCGCCAUGAGCCAGAACACCUAUGGUGCCAGCCUCCUGCGCCACAUCAGGGUCAUCUGGGAGUCGUUCAAGUUUGAAGUGGCCCUGAGGCUGGAGACCCUGUCGAUGCGGAUCACUGCCCUCCUGGUCCGAGUCCUGGUCCACCUGGGCCUCAUGCCCAAGAACAAGGGGCUGUACGAGUACCUGGAGAUCUAGGGAGCCCCGGCAGGAGGACCACAGAGCUCGCCCCACUGCAGGCUGAGGGGCCGGCCAGGGCCAAGGCACAGAGGCCUAAGAAAGACCUGGGGGCACUGGAGUGACUGUGGCCUGGAGUUGGGCCUGCAAUGACCACAUGCUCUUCUCAAAUCAAA